AUGUAUCCGUACCUUAGGCGAACAAAAGAGCUGAUCAUACAACUGAACACAGAAGGCAAGCAACACUUGAUUCUUAUAUGGUACGAAGAUAAAACCAAGCGCCUUCAACAAGAUAACAAGCCAGAGGAAUGUUCAUUGUGUUUUAACGAUUAUGAUGACAAACAGCUAUGGCCUCGCACACUGCCAUGCGGCCACACAUUCUGCUCCCAGUGUAUUGACAAUGCUAUCAAGAAUGGUCAGCUGACAUGCCCCAGCUGCCAUGCCCAGCAUGCUGCCACAGCUGCUAUUCAGUUCCCAAUUAGCUAUGCUGUGGAGGCUUUAGUUAGGAAACUCAAAAAUAUCCAGCUAACAACUGAGGAAGUAGUGCCAGCAAAACCUUAUGAAGGUCCCGCCAGCGGCAUCAGUAAGAAAUUACGUUUCCGGGUGCAGGAGCAGAAGAACAUCAUCAACAGCCUCAUUACUAGCUGUGAAGAGGUACUGGCCAAGCUGAGGGAGUACCAGGGGCAGCUGGGGGACUGGAAGACUCACCACCUCCAGCUCCAGUACAGACUCUAUGGUUUGGUAGAGCAGAACAAGUUAGCAUUGAGGCUCUUGGAACUGGAGGAUACCAGUGUGGUGGAUAUGACAACACAAGGAGAGGAAGGGAAGACUCAGCUGCAGGCCGUGUUGGGGACCCUCGACACAGUCAACACAGCACAGGAAGUAUUCAUGACCAUCAAUGAAGUUGACCAAUGCAACAUGGAGGUUGAAAAUUGGCUUCAGAAGUGCCAGGAACUCUUCCCAGAUGUCAAGACUGUCCACACCUCAGUGAAGGUGCAGGAGAUCAUCAGGGAGGUCCUGGAGAUGAUGACCACGGAGACAGGUGCCACAGCUGACCCCGUACACCUGGGAGACUCAGCCUCCAGCAUCAUGAAUAAAGUUCAGGAAAUAACUAGAGAAAUCCCCCACAAGCAAUUAACAGAUAACAAGCCAGAGGAAUGUUUAUUGUGUUUUAACGAUUAUGAUGACAAUCAGCUACGGCCUCGCACAAUGCCAUGCGGCCACACAUUCUGCUCCCAGUGUAUUGACAAUGCUAUCAAGAAUGGUCAGCUGACCUGCCCCAGCUGCCAUGCCCAGCAUGCUGCCACAGUUGCUACUCAGUUCCCAAUUAGCUAUGCUGUGGAGGCUUUAGUUAGGAAACUCAAAAAUAUCCAGCAAACAACUGAGGAAAUAGUGCCAGCAAAACCUUAUGAAGGUCCCGCCAGAGGCAUCAGUAAGAAAUUACGUUCCCUGGUGCAGGAGCAGAAGAACAUCAUCAACUGCCUCAUUACUAGCUGUGAAGAGGUACUGGCCCAGCUGAAGGAGUACAAGGGGCAGCUGGGGGACUGGAAGACUCACCACCUCCAGCUCCAGGACAGACUCUAUGGUUUGGUAGAGCAGGACAAGUCAGCAGUGAAGCUCUUGGAAUUGAAGGAUACCAGUGUGGUAGAUAUGACAACACAAGGAGAGGAAGGGAAGACUCAGCUGCAGGCCAUGUUGGGGACCCUCGACACAGUCAACACAGCACAGGAAGUAUUCAUGACCAUCAAUGAAGUUGACCAAUGCAACAUGGAGGUUGAAAAUUGGCUCCAGAAGUGCCAGGAACUCUUCCCAGAUGUCAAGACUGUCCACACCUCAGUGAAGGUGCAGGAGACCAUCAGGGAGGUCCUGGAGAUGAUGACCAUGGAGACUGGUGCCACAGCUGACCCCGUACACCUGGGAGACUCAGUCUCCAGUAUCAUGAAUAAAGUUCAGGAACUCGCUAGAGAAAUCCCCCACAAGCAAUUAACGGUUGAGGACCUCCGCAGGAUGAGGGAGUCCGUCAAGAGGCUGGUGGAGGCUGGGCUGUUGGCCGUUCAGGAAGACAAAGAUGGUCGCCGCUCCGCCAGGAUAACUCUACAAGACGGACAGCUGUACCUCCACCCACUCCUGCGUCAGCCCGUGCCCGCCCACGCCUACACCCUCCAGGAGAGAGAGGUUGUGGGCAUGCUGAAGCCCUCCUGCACCCUGGCUUUCCUUGACCUCGGGUGGGCAGGGUCAACAAGAGGGCGGGUCACCAUCCGGCUGACCCCUGACACUCCGCUGGCCAGACAGUUUGUGUUGUUGUGUACUGGCCAGCGGGGCCACACCUACCGCAACACUAAACUGUUGUGCGUGGGGAACAAGGGUGAGCCGGGGGAGUGGGUGGUGGGCGGAGAUUAUGAGAGUAAUGAUGGUGAGGGAGGAGCCUCACUGCUGCCUGACCUCCAGGGGCUGUACCGGAAGUCAUACCGGGUAGGAGCUGUGUUGUGCUGGGGUGAGCCGGGGGGUCACAAGAGUGCCCAGUUCGUCAUCGCCACCAGGGAUUGCAAGGGUGGUCCCAAGAGUGCCCAGUUCGGUAUCCCCACGGUGAAAUGCCAGAGUGGUCCCAAGAGUGCCCAGUCCGGCUUCUUGCAGGAUCGUGACCCGUGGCCAGAUGUCUUUGGUGAUGUGGUGAGCGGCCUGAAUGUGUUGAGGGCAGCAGUCAACCACAGUGACAUCACGGAGGUGACUGUGGUGGACUGUGGUGUUGUGCUGCCACUCUAGUUCACUCUUCCAUCACCAU